AUUUGUCCCUGAGAAAUCUGGAAGUGAUUCUAUGAAACAUUUUAAUCAGGAUGUUGUUACUGAAUCGCUUCCACAGAGAAACGAGCCUGAGUUCUGGAUCAGAACCACGUUUGAGCUGCAGGUGGAGGACUGUUUCCUUCAUGGAGACUCAAGUCGACUUGUUUCUGUGAUUCACCAGGAGGGACUGAGUGUGUCCACCCUCAACAGGCUGAAUCACCUGGUGAACAAGGAACUGUGUGACUCUGGGUUCAGCAGAGUUCUGGUUCUGAUGAAAUCUUUAACUAUAAUGAUGAACAACAAAGACAUCAUCCAGGAGCUCAUCAGCCUCGGAUUAUUGACCAAAGUGAUGUUAUGGUUUGAAGCUGUUUGUAAUCUGCUGACCUCUGACCUGCAUCGAGGCUCCGCCCCUCUGUUCACCCUGGCAGAGGAAUUCUUUGACUACUUCCUGCUGCUGGGUGAAGACUGUCUUCCAGAUCCUCAGAUCUCUGUGGUUCUUCUUCAACUGGCUCACUUCUGUCUGGAAUCACAGAUCCACUUCCCGUUGCGACUGGAGGCCAUCAGAACCUUCAACAGCUUCUUGGAGUCUCUGAGCCGAGAUCAAAGGAGACUGAUCCAGAAUGAUGAGGGCCAGACCCACAUACUGUCUCAGAUGGCAGCAGCAGUCCUGACAGUCGGAGACUACGAGCUGCAGGUCAGUCUAUCAGAGGCUCUGUGUCGUCUGACUCCACGCCGGAACCGAGAGCAAAGAGCCAAUCAGUGGUUCCCCAGCCAGGACAUCAGCGCUGCCUUCUGUAAAAUCAGAGACGCAGACUUUGAGGUGGACUGCAGGCGUUUCCUGAACUUUGUUAAUCAUUACCAUGGAGACCAGAGGAGAGUGUACACCUUCCCCUGUCUGCGAGCAUUCCUCAGCUCUACUCAG